UCCAGACGCUUCGCAAGUAAGGCCACUCCGACUCUGCGGUUGCACUGCGUGCUGGGUCCGUGGGUGCGUCGCUGGCCUGGAAGUACCGACCACGUGGCGACGCGUCCGCACUGAACAAGUGGAGAAUGACUGCAGGAGCCUUCGGAGCUUCCUAUCAUCCUGAUGGCGAGUUUGUCCUGCCCACCCGGAGGACAGCCUAUCCCACGCAAAUCCCAACUGCCCAGUGAAAUGUGGGCACGAUUGGCGGGAGAGUUCCCGAAGGGAUUUGACACUAUAGUUGACGAAUAUUGGAUGACGGGUUCUCGGUAGCGAAGGACGGAAAUGCGUGGUCUCUCUAUGGAUGCCUAGAAUUGCAUGCAGCUGUUUGGGCCGGGUGUAUUCUGGUAGACCAUUUGUCGAGGCCUAUCCAAGCAGGGAGGCUCGCAACUAGCACAAUACACAACGAUAAGUUCAAGUUUCCCUAAAAAUCUAGGAGCCAGAUGAAUAGUGCGGGAGCUAUCCUGCGUCCAGCUUAAGCUACUUACUAACUACCUACCUACCUACCUAUCUAGCUACUUCCUACCGCACCUCUAGCGGCCUACCCCCCCCUCAAAAACAAACUUGUAUGUAAUUUCUUUAUCCUGAUCUCUCCUGUGAGAAGAAUCACACCUAAGGCUUAGAGAAGAUCAGGUCGUGCAUCAGACUUUGCGAGAGCAAGCGCCCAUGGGCACAUGGGCGGAUAAGAACCUAGAUCGUCUCACAACAAGGUGCAAGCAGAACUACACUGGUAGGAGACCAGGUCCAGGGGCUGCUGAGUGAAAAGACUAGAUUCAAGAUGAGAUCUCUUACUGAUUGUUUUUGGCUCCAGUGACAGUACCCAAAGCCCCAGACAAAGAUUCGGCUGCUUAUAGCUGUCCAGUGCUUUUUGCCAUGCGCGUCCUUGCCUUGCUCGCACUCCUUGCCCCAGUCUCCGCCUUCGUGGCACCCGCGAGUGCUCGUCCCGAAGUUCAGAGUGAGCUGGCCCGUCCUUUGGCAAGCUAUGCACCUGAACCCUGGAAACCGCUGAGACUACCUCUUCGUGGACCUCCCUCAUGGCUGGUGCCAGCUUGGGCUAUGCCGCUGCAGCUGUGGCUGCCGCAGCGAAGGGCCGUGUGGCAAUGAAGGCGGAGAAGGCAGCGGUGGCCAGAACUCCAGUGGCCUACCCCAUUUUCACCUUCCGCUGGCUGGCCGUCCACGCUUUGGUGAUCCCCACCGUCUUUUUCCUUGGCGCGAUUAGCUCCAUGCAGUUCAUCCAGCGCUGAGCGCAGCGGUGGCCACAGGAUUUUUGGUGCCGAACGGGGCAGUGAAAAAGAAUGAGCAUCGCAGAGUCUACGUUCAGUCCCUUGUUAUUCAUGUUUCAGUUUCAAUUGAUUUUUGUGGACAGACCUGAAAAGUUUAGCAAUGAGCGUUGAGGAGGCCCUUGGUUAUCCCUGAUUACAUAGUUCUUGUGUCAGUUUUCAUCAAUGCCAUCAGGACUCAUUGAAAUACUCAGUUGGCUUUGCCAGACAGAGCUCUUACAUGUUUAUUGCGUCGUUUGGCUCCAGUGACAGUGCCCAAAGCCCCAGACAAAGAUUCGGCUGCUUAUCGCUGUCCAGUGCUUUUUGCCAUGCGUGUCCUUGCCUUGCUCGCACUCCUUGCCCCAGUCUCCGCCUUCGUGGCACCCGCGAGUGCUCGUCCCGAAGUUCAGAGUGAGCUGGCGCGUCCUUUGGCAAGCUAUGCACCGGAAACCGCUGAGACUACCUCCCCGUGGACCUCCCUCAUGGCUGGUGCCAGCUUGGGCUAUGCCGCUGCAGCCGUGGCUGCUGCAGCGAAGGGCCGUGUGGCAAUGAAGGCGGAGAAGGCAGCGGUGGCCAGAACUCCAGUGGCCUACCCCAUUUUCACCUUCCGCUGGCUGGCCGUCCACGCUUUGGUGAUCCCCACCGUCUUUUUCCUUGGCGCGAUUAGCUCCAUGCAGUUCAUCCAGCGCUGAGCACAGCGGUGGCCACAUGAUUUUUGGUGCCGAACGCGGGCCGAUGGGCAGAA